AGCCAGAGGAGCUAACGUCACUGUCAAUGCAUGACGUUACAUGACAGCAUUUCGCACAUAACCAAGACAUACGGUUGCUGUAAUGUCAAAAGUACUUGUAUUGCCAUUUUAGAGGAGAUUAACGCAAUUAAAAUAACCCAUUAGGCCUCGUCGUGUAGCUUCACAAGGCUGGGCUGAGAGCCGAGGUAAGCUAGCUAUGGUUUCAGGCUGACUUGUGAACGCGGUACACCGGCAGAGCGAGCUCAAUCCUGCUGGAAACCAUGCACCGAGCGGUUUGUAACGUGACUCUGCAGUAACGGUUGCUAGCAAACCGUGUUCACGGCCAGCCUGCUUACCUGCUGGGGCGGUGGCGGUGUGCUAGUCUGAACAGUCUCCGUUAUCGUCUCACUUGAAGUCCCGGGAACCUCCGCCAUCCCUGGAGCUGUUUUGCUAACGCGACCGUUAGCUAGCUUUAGGAUAUAAAGAACCGGAAUCCACCGUCAGUUGAGAGCUAGUGUGUGUAUAAUAUAACAAUAUGAUCGCUACAACGGCGACCCUGGUUCUUUAAAUCACACCCUGUAUUCAGACUGAAUCUUGUUGACCUGAAACUGUCGAGGCGUUGAACACUAUGGGGAGAUGUGGCUAACACAAAGUCAAGCUGAAAAGUUGGUCACACUCAAAACGGAAGUGUAACGUUUUUAUGGCAGAAAGAUUAUUUCAGCUAACGUUAUGUAAAUCAUGUCGCACAAACAAAAAUACCGCCAAACCGCUGUUUUGUGUUGCUUCAUAACAUUAUGUAUGCAGUGAAACAGCAUUCAGGACAUUUAUAUUGCAUUUUUGGUUAUAUUAUUUCCAUAUGUUGUUUUAUUUUGAAAUGUAGGCAGGAUGCUUCGUUUCUUUCUUUUUUUGCUUAUCGUGACAGUUUAGCAGCCAGCUUAGUGUUGUGGGGAAGAUAUUUCCAGACGGACAGCGGUUAUUUCCGCUUGUCCGUGAAGUUGUAACAGUCCGUCAACAAACAUUAUCCACAUGCCGAGAAUAAAACAAGGACAACUAUUAUAACAGAGUAAUAUGAAAUGACAAUUAUUCUGAGAGAUUACAGUGAUGUAACGUUAGUGUUUACAUACAAUGACAAACGGUAUAGAAUGUACUUUGUCGCUCGGAUUUACAAUGAAGAAGUGGCUAAGUUAAAAGGUCGUGGCUGGCAUUCUGAGCACUGCAUUGAAGGCACAGGAUGUGGAGGGCAGGUCGUGUCCUGAGUUGGAGGCUGCCAGGAGAAGGAGCAGCUAGACUUUGUUUCGGCUUCCCACCCAAACCUUCCUCCUCCUCUCAGUCCAACUCCUCUCCCCGGCCCAAAGCAGAGAAACUGCGGCGUAGACGAGAGCGGGAGGAGGCCAUACUGUCAAGUCAACACCGUACUGCUGAAGAUAAAGCUGUGAAAUGGAGCGAGAAGCAGAAGAUUGUGUACACUACUCCAACCCCUGCUGGGACAAAGAAAGACACCAGUUUGCUGUUCCCUUCCUCGUAUAGUCCAGAGUAUGUGGAGUCCAGCUGGUAUCAGUGGUGGGAGAAAGAGGGAUUCUUCCGUCCAGAGCAACAUGAGAGAUUACCUCACUCUGUGGAGCAGACCUUCUCCCUGUGUAUCCCUCCGCCCAACGUGACGGGCACUUUGCACCUGGGCCACGCUCUCACUGUGGCUGUGGAAGACGUGCUGGUUCGGAGGAGAAGGAUGCAGGGCUACCGAGUGCUGUGGCUGCCUGGAUGUGACCAUGCAGGGAUUGCAACACAGACGGUGGUGGAGCGGAGGCUGCUGAAAGAAGGAGGGAUGCACAGACAGGACUUCACCAGGCAGGAGUUUCUACGUGAGGUGUGGAAAUGGAAGAAUGAGAGAGGGGAGGAGAUCUACCAGCAGCUGAGGGCGCUGGGAGCCUCUCUGGACUGGAGCCGAGCCUGUUUCACCAUGGAUCCAGGCUUCAGCAGGGCGGUGACGGAGGCCUUUGUGAGGCUGUGUGACUCGGGUCUGAUUUAUCGCUCGGAGGCGUUGGUCAACUGGAGCUGUGCUCUGGAAUCUGCCAUCUCUGACAUCGAGGUUGACUCAAAGGAGCUGUCUGGGCAGACCAUGUUGUCUGUUCCUGGUUAUGAAAACAAGGUGGAGUUUGGAACCAUGCUUACCUUUGCAUACCCUAUAGAAGGCCACGAUGGCGAGGUGGCAGUGUCCACCACCCGUCCUGAGACUAUGCUGGGAGAUGUGGCUGUAGCUGUCCACCCUGAUGACCCUCGCUAUCAGGCUGUUCAUGGGAAGCAGUGCAGACACCCCUUCACCGACAGACUCCUGCCCAUCAUCGCUGACUCCAUGGUGGACAUGGAGCUAGGAACUGGUGCAGUGAAGGUGACCCCCGCUCAUGACCACACUGACUUCCUGCUGUCACAGAGACACUCACUGCCACGCCUUACUGUGAUUGGAGGAGACGGGACCAUGACGCCCUCCUGUGGACAGUGGCUGCAGGGAGUGAAGCGUUUUGAUGCCAGACAGCUCGUUGUGGAUGCUCUGGUUGAGAAGAAGCUGUUCAGAGGAAAGAAGGAUCACGCCAUGACUUUACCCGUCUGCAGCCGCUCAGGAGACAUCAUUGAGCCCCUUCUGAAGAAGCAGUGGUUCCUUCGCUGUGAUGAAAUGGCUAAAAAAGCUAUACAGGCUGUGGAGGACGGACAGCUGGAAAUCAUCCCUCACUACUACACCAAGACGUGGAAGAACUGGCUGUCCAACAUCAGUGAUUGGUGCAUUUCCAGGCAACUUUGGUGGGGUCAUCAGAUCCCUGCGUACCGAGUGGAGCUUCCUAAUUCCGCUGACAAACAAGAGGAGCACUGGGUAUGGGGACAAAGCGAGGACGAGGCCCGACAAAGAGCUGCUGUCAGAUUUCGAGUGAAGCCAGAAUACAUCACUUUGACCCAGGACCCCGAUGUGCUGGAUACGUGGUUCUCCUCCGGGCUGUUUCCCUUCGCCAUGCUGGGCUGGCCGGAGCAGACCACUGACCUUCAGCGCUUCUACCCCAAUUCCAUUCUGGAGACGGGCAGUGACCUCAUCUUCUUCUGGGUGGCGAGGAUGGUGAUGCUGGGCACGGAGCUGACUGGACAGCUGCCCUUUAAACAGGUCCUCCUUCACUCUCUGGUGAGAGAUAAACAUGGCAGGAAAAUGAGUAAAUCUCUGGGGAAUGUCAUCGACCCAUUAGAUGUUAUACAUGGAGUCUCUCUGGAGAGACUCCAAGAGAAAGUGAAGGAGGGUAACCUGGACCCUAGGGAGCAGCUGGUUGCCAUGGAAGCGCAGAGGAAGGACUUCCCCACAGGGAUCCCUCAGUGUGGGACUGAUGCUCUGAGAUUUGCCCUUUGCUCUCACAAGAUGCAGGGAGAAGACAUCAGUCUGUCCAUCUCUCAGGUCCUGAGCUGUAGACACUUCUGUAACAAGAUGUGGCAGGCACUGAGAUUCACACUGGGAGUCCUGGGUGCUAAUACAACCCCAGUGGCAACACUGGAAGAGACGUGUGCAGUGAGCAGCAUGGAGCGCUGGAUCUGCUCCAGACUCUACAGCACUGUGGUUCAGUGUGAGCAGGCCUUCGAGGCCUACGAGCUGCACACUGUCACAUCUGCGCUGUACUCUUUCUGGGUCCACAGCCUGUGUGACGUCUACAUGGAGUGUGUGAAGCCGGUGUUGGUCCAGCGGCAGGAUGGGGGGGCCGUGGUACAGACGGACACAGAGCCCAGUGUCCAAGCCAGGCAGGUGGCCAGUAGUGUCCUCUACCAUUGUGUGUCCAUGUCUCUGGCCCUGCUCUCCCCCUUCAUGCCUUUCAUCACUGAGGAGCUGUGGCAGAGACUCCAGCCACGCGGACCUGGAGCCGAUGCCCCCCCGAGCGCUCUGUGUUUACAGCCAUACCCCUGCUCCUCUCAGCUGGCACACUGGCAUUUCCCUGAAGAGGAAAGAGAUUUCCUGUUGGUGCAGGAAGUGAUCCGAGUGGCCCGCUCACUACGAUCCCAGUGUCGCAUGACCAAAGAAAAACCUGCCAUGUGGGCAGUGUGUUCACCCGGCCAGGCCCAGAUCCUGCUGCACUUUGACUCAGCUGUUAGAACUUUAAGCCGGAUCUCCAGCCUCCAUAUCCACUGUCCUCAGAGAGCAGACCCCUUCUCUGUGCACUCCACUCCUCCACCCGAAGGAAGCCUCAUCGGUGUGGUGGACCACACAUGUCAGCUACACCUUCACAUUCAGAGUGGAAUGAACAUUGAAAACCAGAUGGUGCAGCUCUCCCAGCGCAGAGACAAGCUGGUUCCAAAGCUGGAGAAGAUCCUGUGCAGAGUGGAGUCCCCAGACUACCUGACCAAGGUUCCUGCUCAUGUCAGGCAGCAGAUGGACACUAAGAUGUCGGCCCUGAAGCAGGAGCUGCAGAGCGUGGAGGAGCAGCUGAAGAUCCUGCAGGAGAUUCAAACAUCACCAUAACUCCAGCCAACCGUGUGGACUAUCUGUCCAAUCUGAGUUUUCUGUUGCACGACUAAAACAACUUUUGAACGUACACACGUUCCACCAAAACAAGUUCCUUCCCGACGCUAUUUUGCAGAGACACCGUUGCUCUGCUCAGUGUCCAGCACCACCCAUGACAAUUGUGAUUGGUUUAAAGAAAUGCCAAUAAACCAGAGCACGUUUUUCUCCCAUCCCAGAAUGCUGUCUGGCUAUGCGAGACUAAACUUGAUGAAUUAUUUAUAAUGUUGUCUGAGCUGGUGAUCUCUACACUGCUUUAAUGAAGGACACAGCAUAGUAUCAUUAUUAUGUUGUUCACAUAAUGCAGUAUCUCACGGUCAAACUGUGAUACUGCAGUACUGUACUGCAUAACUAACAACUCACCUGCAGAUGGAGUUGUGGCAGGCUGCAGGUAUCCAUGGAACGCUUCUGUUUUGUUAAUGCACACAUGGCAUGAUGGAAGUUAGAAGCAGUUUAUCGGCUGCUGCAGCAAGUAUUUGUGUCACAAAAUGGCUUUUCUUUUUCUAAAUUAAUGUAUCUUUUCCUAAACUUGACCUAAUGUGUUUCCUUAUUUGGAAUGUCAGAAUUGUGAUACCUGGAGGAAUCAGUCCAGCAGAUUGGGUUAAAAUUGCUGUAAAUACAAGUCUAGUUAUAUGGAAAACUUCACAUCAAUCUGGUGGGGAUUACAAGCUAUGUUGUGGACUGGACUCAACAUGGCACCAAAUCCAUCAAUGCUGGUGAUGUAAGAUAGUAGAAAAGAGAUUCACCUGUCAUAUACAAAUGAAUAAAGAGGGAGAGAGA